CUUUGCCGUAUCAAUGCUGCAGCUCGACGUCCGGGCGCCGGCCGCGCGCAACCUCGUGGUCCUCGACGACUACAGCCCGCUCGCGCCCUUCUGCAGGGGCACGCUGGGCAACCAACGAGAGAUCACCGACGUGGCUGCGAACGGAGGGAAUGCCCCCCGCUGGUACCGCAAGAUGACCUUUACGGUCAGCCUGUAUGAGACCGACGUCUUCCAGCUCGAGGUCUAUGACAAGAACGACCUGGAGAGGGGCAUGCUCGGCGCCUGCCUCUUCCGCGUCCGCGACUGGAAGGUCGGUCAGCUCUACGACCGAUGGUACCCGCUCUACUACGGCACCAUGUACGCAGGCGAGCUGCACAUCGCCGUCCAGCUCAUUAGCCGGCCCGACCCACCGCGGCCUGCACCAGCGCCCGUCGCCGCGCCCGCGCCACCACCAGAGGUACCUCGCUUCGUGGCGCAGCCAGGUUACCCUGCGUACUCUGCGCCCAGCUUUGAGACUCUCGUGUCGGGCAUGCCGUCCCCGCCGCCAUCGCCGUCGCCAGCACCGAGCCCUCCCCGCUCGCCAACGCCACGCCACUUGGCACAGCCGGGGUAUCCCGGUUAUCCUCGUGCGCUCACGCCCACGUUUCGCCCGUGGGGCUAUCGCAGCUCUUCGCUGCAGCAAUAAUCUUAUGUCAAAUCGCGUGUCUGAAGUUACGCAACCUUGCGCUCGAUAAAGUCGUGCGGAGACCAGACAGGACACACUUCGAAUCGCC